AUGCCAGGAAAAAGAAUUGCAGUGAUUGGUGCUGGUAUCAGUGGAUUAGGUGCAAUUAAGAUCUGUCUGGAGGAGGGACUGGAGCCCAUCUGUUUUGAAGGAAGCAAUGACAUUGGAGGCCUGUGGAGAUAUGAGGAGAAGACUGAAAGUGGCAGGCCAACGGUCUAUAAAUCUACCACCUGCAACACUUCAAAGGAGAUGACAGCUUAUAGUGAUUACCCUUUCCCUGAUCAUUUUCCCAACUACUUACACAAUUCAAAAAUCAUAGAGUAUCUCCAGAUGUAUGCCAAACACUUUCAUCUUUUGAAGCACAUCGGGUUUCUGUCAAAGGUGUGCAGCGUGAGGAAGCGCUCUGACUUCUCUUGCACAGGACAGUGGGAUGUUGUGGUCCAGACUGAAGGGAAGCAGGAAUCCUAUGUCUUUGAUGGGAUUAUGGUGUGUAGCUGCCUUUAUACUGAUCCCUUGUUGCCACUCCAGAACUUUUCAGGAAUCACAAGUUUCAAAGGUCAGUAUAUCAGUUGGGAAUAUAAGAGUCCAGAGAAAUUUCAGGGCAAGAAAAUUGUUGUGAUCGGCAUUGGAAAUUCUGGAGUUGAUGUGGUGAGUGAGCUCAGUCACAUGGCUGCACAGGUGUUUCUCAGCACAAGGCGGGGUGCAUGGAUUUGGAACCGUGUCUGGGAUUAUGGGAUGCCUAUAGACACUGUUCUCUUCACUCGUUUUAACACCAUCCUCAACAAAGUUUACCCUACAAUCUUAAUCAACAGUUUGGUAGAGAAGAAAUUAAAUGCUCGCUUUAACCAUGAAACUUAUGGUUUGCUACCUCAACACAGAUUUCUGAGCCAUCAAGCUACUUUCAGUGGUGACCUACCCAACCACAUAAUUACUGGAAGAGUGAUGAUAAAACCAAAUGUUAGAAAGUUCACAAAGACAUCAGCCAUCUUUGAGGAUGGCACAGAAGAGGAUGUUGACGUUGUUAUCUUUGCCACAGGAUACACUUUUUCUUUCCCCUUUUUAGAAAAUAAUUCAACAGUUCUGGACAGCCAGUGCUCCAUGUUUAAAUUUGUCUUCCCUCCUCAGCUAGAGAAGCCAACACUAGCUUUCAUAGGCAUCCUCCAGCCAGUUGGAGCCAUUAUGCCCAUAUCAGAACUCCAGAGCCGCUGGGCUGCACGUGUAUUCAAGGGAUUGAACAAAUUACCUUCAGUGAGUGGCAUGAUGGCUGACAUAGAAAAGAAGAGAAAAAAAUUUGCAAAAGAAUACCUGAAUAAUUCCCGUGACACUCGCAGAGUGCAGUAUGUGGAUUACAUGGAUGAAAUUUCCUCGGAAAUAGGAGUGAAACCCAACGUGUUCUCAUUUUUCUUGUGGGAUCCAAAGCUGGCCCUGGAAAUUUUCUUUGGGCCGUGCACACCUUACCAGUACCGCUUGCAGGGGCCAGGGAAGUGGGCUUGGGCCCGGAGAACCAUCCUGACCCAGAGAGAGCGGAUCAUCAAGCCCCUGAAGACACGCACCCUCACCCUUGUCCAGCCUCUGAACUCUGUGCCAUUUUGGCUUAAAAGUUUCUGUGCAGCCCUUCUCCUCUUUGUCCUCACUCUGGUCAUUAUUAAAGCAUAA